CAUGAGCAGUGGCUUUUGGUCAUAGUGUGCUGCCUCUAACAUUUUUGCAGUCUUCAGUUUGGUGCUUUUGUUCAAAGAGCUUUGCGUUUUUAAAGAUUUAGCAUGCCCUUAUUUGCUUCUUUUGAGCUUGGAGGAGUGAUUUGAGAUGGCAGGACAACUCCACAAAUCAAUUUUUACCUCCCAGCUUGACGUUGAGCUUGCAUUGGUUUGGUAUUCCUUGUGUCAUUUCAUUUGCGGUUGUUGUGAUGGACAAAUAUACUCCUUUUUUUUUUUUUGGUGUGACCUGUGUGCUAGAAAAAAAAGGUUUUGACACUUGUGGUUGGCUGUCUCUCUUGAGCAGCAGCGGCAUCAGCAGAGGGGAAAUGCAACCCCCCCGGCACGGUUCAGUGAGGGUGGACCACCGCCGAGGCGUGUCCACUAACAGCCUGUUCAGGGAGAUAUAUGACGACUCUGAGGAUGAGGAUGAUGAGGUGGGCUAUGCUGACCCUGUCCAAGAUGAUCUCUAUGCCCGUAAGAUGGGUAUCAAACCUCAGCCUACAAGUAGCGUAUCUUAUGACAAGUUCUUACCCAAAUUCUGGACACCAGAAGAAGACAUUCACAUUCAGAAGAUCAAACUGGGCUCUCAGAGGAGACCCUGGUACAAGAAGAUACAAGGCUUCAGCCAUAAGAAGUCAGGCUCUUCAUCAGAUGACUCGGACUGUGACAUCAGCCCCUGGCUCUCCUCCGCCCCCUCUCCCUCUGGCCCAUCUCCCUCUCAUACCCGCACACACGAGGCUUCAGCUCACACCACCCUUGUUGUGGGGAAAAGUCCUCAUGUUCAACCACACACUCCUCCACAGCUUCCCAAGUCCCCUCUUUUAGAGACCCCCCCACUGGUGUUUGCCCCUGUGGACCCCACCUCAGGUCCCAGACUGGUGAAAGGGGAGAAGUGGAUGCUCCUGGGGCGCCAAGACCCCCGGGAGCCCCCGGACCCCAUUGAUUAUGAAAGUAUUUGCCCAGACUUGGAGAAUGAUGACAUGUUUGCCAGGCGAACCCUUGCCUUCCAGUCCAACACAGACUUGGCUAAACUGAAGACUCUGCUGACUUGCAGACAUCGCCGCUGCAGCUCUGAGCCGCAGCUCAACAUUGUCACCCAGAAACCCGUUCGUGGAGGCGCCGAGGAAACUGAGUUCCCAGACAUUGAGCAGGACGAUGUGGUGUUUCGUAGGGAGAAAACCCAGCAGGCACAGCAACAGCGACCACUCUCAGGAGCACCUGACAACUAUGCCCCGAUGCCCAUCCCAGAGCCUUGGGCACUGCCUCCUGACCUGAAGUCCAGACUCCUCUGCCCCCCAUGUCCCCUGACUCAUAAAGCAGCAACACCGAACCUGAAUGAUGUUGAUAAGGAGGCCCGUCCGGAAACGGAUGACAUGCUAAUUCGAAAGCUCAGAAUCUGUUCUGAUCAGAGCCAGAGCACCGCUUCAUCAGCCAGUCAGAAAACUCCUUCAGUGCCUUCUUCCUGUAGCAAAGAGGACCUGCAGAAAUGGCAGGCAAUCAGGGAAGCUAGUCAGUUAAGACAUAAGAAAAGGCUUUUGGUGGAAAGGCUAGCUGCUCUAAAGUUGUAAAGGAAAAAAAAAGAUUGACGUAAGAGUGGCUGUAGACUUUUUUCCUGCAUGUUUGUCUUGUUGUUUCUGUGCCAUUUCAGACUUUCAGUAAUUUUUGUUUGAUACUGAAUUGUUCUGUUCUGGCUAAGAUUUGAUUUAAAGUCCUUCACAGUCAGCGAGGUGAGUUUUACACAGUUAAAUGCUUGUUUCUGAAAACUAUUUGCUGCCUUCUACGUUCACUUGAUCAGACAUGGGUAUUUCAUAAUAAGAGUGACGAAAAUGUGGUGAAAUUAACCACAACAGCAGCUUAGAACUUGUUCUAAAUGUUUGUUGUUCCCUCAGAGUUGAGUGCUUGAUGUGGUCAAUUUUACUUCUCAAACUCAUGGCGUGUAAAGACUGAGACAUUACCUACACAAUAAACCAACCAAGAUUGUGUAUUUUGAGUUGUGAUGUAUGCAUUUUUUAAAAACCAUAAUGAUUUGGUGUAUCAUUUGCAAGAUAGCCCUGAAAAGAAAUCUGCCUUUCAUCUUUUCUUAUCUGACAGUUUACCUACAUAUGGAAAUAAAACAUUCAUGCUUAAUAAAAG